AUGACGAACACACGCGGGAGCAACUCGGCCACCUCGGCGAGCACUACCAAUUCACAGGGAGUGCUCAUGGUCGGACCCAAUUUCAAGGUCGGCAAAAAGAUUGGAUGCGGAAACUUCGGCGAACUUCGACUCGGAAAAAAUCUAUACAAUAAUGAGCAUGUCGCAAUCAAACUGGAACCGAUGAAAAGCAAAGCCCCACAGUUACAUCUCGAGUAUCGAUUUUACAAAUUGCUCGGACAAGCAGAGGGUCUUCCCCAAGUACACUACUUUGGACCGUGUGGGAAAUACAAUGCACUUGUCAUGGAACUGCUUGGACACUCACUUGAAGAUCUCUUCGAUUUGUGCGAUCGACAUUUCUCACUUAAAACAGUCGCCAUGGUGGCAAUGCAACUCAUCCGCAGAAUUGAAUAUGUACACACAAAACACCUCAUUUACCGCGACGUGAAGCCAGAAAACUUUUUGAUUGGACGCUACUCAACACGUAAACAACACGUUCUUCACAUCAUUGACUUCGGACUUGCAAAAGAGUACAUUGACUGCGAUACGGGAAAACACAUCGCCUACAGGGAACACAAGUCGCUUACGGGUACUGCGCGUUACAUGUCGAUCAACACACAUCUUGGCAAGGAACAAUCGCGACGGGACGAUCUUGAAGCUCUUGGACACAUGUUUAUGUACUUCUUGAGAGGAAGCCUUCCAUGGCAAGGACUGAAAGCCGAUACACUGAAAGAGCGAUACCAGAAGAUUGGAGAUACAAAGCGUCAGACAGCUGUUGAGGUUCUCUGCGAAGGAUUCCCGGAUGAGUUCGCUCAAUACCUCCGUUAUGCUCGCCGUCUAGACUUCUUCGAAACACCAGAUUACGAUUUCUGCUAUAAUCUUUUCAAAUCUGUGCUUGAUCGAUUAGGUGCAUCUUAUGACUACGAAUUCGACUGGACGCCGAAACUGAAUAAUGUGUCGACACCAUCAGGCUCAUUACAUACAUCAGAGUCGAAGGAUGUGAAGAGAACUGAUCGCGGAGAGCUGAAAGUCAGUCAAGCUGCAGCUCAUGCUCAAUUCGGAUCAACACAGGUGAUCAAUUCAAAUGCUGGUGAAGCUGUUGAAGAAAGUCGAAAUACUGAAGGAAGGACAGCUGCAGGAGACAACUUGAGUGGCGAGGUGAAAUGUUGCUGCUUCAGGAGACGUCGGAGGAAGCACAACAACGCGACGCCGGCGACACAAAAAUAG